AUGGUUGUAUGUUACAUGGUCGUUACCCCGAAUCCUUACACAGAAAACCACCUAGCUCCAGCGCAGUAUCUUGAUGUCCAGACGUACAAUUGCAACUUAGAGUCCAAACAACCUGGGAAAUGGCUAGAAUGGAUCCAUAUCAAGGUCACCGGUGGAAUGAAAGUGUACCAGCGCACAGAAUGGCACGAACUCAGGGUGAAAUUGGCGGAGCAUUCUGAGGAAUUGAGGGGCAUAUUGUGUCGGAUGCUGGACCUGUUUCCGUAUUGGAAUCGGUGGGAGGAGUACGCUAAUCCAGAUGAUGCGACGACUAAAGUUUGA